AUGCAUCUGACAACUGUUCUGGCGGUUCUGUCCCUCGCGGGCGUUGGCUCUGCCGUUUUCGGAGUCACGGGAGAAUCUCAAAAGAAAAUUCCCGUCGGAGGCACGAAAAGAUUCAUUCUCGAGUUGUCAAAGGACUCUGACUUGGAGAGACUGACCUCAGAGCUCUCAACUCGGGAAGGCACGAAGCUCUAUAAGACCUUUGAGAGCGAAAUCUUUACUGGCGUCAGUAUCGAGACUACCGUUGAGAAUGAAGAGACACUUCGCAUCCUGCAGAACGUCGGCAAUGUGUGGCAAUCAAGACGUAUCGAGAUGGCCACGGUUGAGAAUGGUAGGGAGUUCAGCAGUGCUGUUUCCGCAGCGAACUACUCCAUCCACAACAUGACUGGUGUCAACAAGCUUCAUGAGGCUGGCAUCCUGGGAAAGGGCGUCAAGGUCGCUGUUGUGGAUGCUGGUGUUGACUAUAACCAUCCUGCGCUUGGCGGAGGCUUUGGUCCCGGAUUCAAGGUCAUCGGCGGUUACGAUCUUAUUGGCUCUUCAUACUGGCCUGACCAAGGCUUUGACAAGAAUCCGGAUGAUGAUCCCAUGGAAGGAGGCAGUAAUGGCCAUGGAACCCAUGUUUCUGGCAUUGUUGCUGGAAAGUCUGACAGUUGGCAGGGUGUUGCCCCUGAAGCCAAUAUCCUAUCCUACAAGGUCUUUGGCGACAACGAUAGUGGCCAGACGGAUGAAGAAACACUUAUCGACGCGUUCCUGCGAGCGCUCGCUGAUGGAGCAGACAUCAUCACCUCGUCAAUUGGCGGUCGUGGAGGCUUCGCCAACAAUGCGUGGGCAGAGGUUGCCUCUCGUAUGGUUGACCAAGGCGUGAUAGUAACCAUUUCGGCUGGCAACGAUGGAGAGAGUGGUCUCUUCUUCCCUGACAAUGGUAUGUCUGGCAAGAACGUCCUCGCUGUCGCUUCGACUGAGCCAGACAACGUUCCCGGUUUGCCAUUCGAAGUUACGUUCAACGACGGGGAGCACAAGAGCACAGCUACAUGGGCCUUUUUCUCUGGCACUCUCACGCACAACUUUCCGCUCAACGGAACACUGCAGGUCAUCGCCUUGACAACGGAUCCGAAGAACGUUACCGUAGGAUGCACCAAAUUCCCUGAGGACGUCGACUUGUCCCAUGCUCUGGUGGUGGUCCCUCGCGGAGGCUGCAGCGCAGCUACGAAGCGCUACCUUCUCUUCGCUGCCGGCGCUGAGCAUGUGCUCUUCUUCAACGAUGAGAAGAUAUUCCCUCUGCCCGACAAUUGGGACACUCGAGGCGCUGACGGCAUCAUUGGUCAAGAAGAAGGAAUCGCUCUCACCAAGGCCUUGGCCGAUGGCGUCACCGUCCACGCCAGGUUCUUCGAAGAGGACAAGUUGCCCCUUCUCAACAUGAAGAACCCCGCAGUUUUCGCCUCGUAUUUUACUUCUCUGGGUGGUCUCUACGACUUGAGCAUCAAGCCUGAUAUCGCAGCGCCUGGUAGCAACAUCUUUUCGACCUUGCCCCAUGAUCGAUUCGGCCUCAAGUCGGGCACUUCGAUGGCGACGCCGUACGUCGCGGGCAUUGCAGCGCUCUACAUUGGCAAAUAUGGCGGGAGAUGGGUUCACGGCCCGGAUUUCGCCAAGAAGCUCGCAGCUCGGAUCAUGUCCAGUGGUGACUCCCUUGGCUGGUCGGACGGCACAAAUGUGACGGAUUACGGUGCAUAUGCCCCCAUCUUCCAGCUUGGCACUGGCUUGGUGAAUGCCACCAAGGUUUUGGAGUACCAGACCGAGCUAUCUUGGGCCAAGUUUGCACUCAAUGACACGGCUCACUUUGAGUCCUGUCAGCGAGUCAACAUUACUAACAACUGCACCGAGCCGGUUACCUACAAGUUCUCUCAUCAGGCCGCCGGAGCUUUCGAGGCUUUGACUGGCAGACUUGACUUCGCCUCAGGUCCCGGUUUGGGGAUAGACUUUGCUCCCAUCGAAGUGCCCGUUAACGUCACCUUUCCUGAGGGCGAGUUCACCGUCGAGCCUGGCCAGACUAAGGAAGCAACAUUUCACUUCAACCCUCCCAAGGGUUUCAAUGCGUCGGCAUUGCCGGUGUACAGCGGCAAGAUUCUCAUUAACGGCUCCAACGACGAACAGCUGUCCGUCCCCUACAUGGGCGUUGCGGCCGACGUUCAAAAGACCUUCAGACAGAUGUUUAGCGACAAUUUCCCGUACAUCCUGUCGACCCAGAACAUGACCCGCAUUGAAGAUGAUUCCACAUUUUCAUUUGACCUGAGCAUUGGACAGCAAGACUUCCCCCGGCUGUUCAUCACCAUGCGCUGGGGUGCACCGCUUGUCCGAUGGGACAUCUUCGAGAGGGGAUGGACGGAGAAGAACUGGACUUAUCCGCCUGUGCCCGGCGUGAAUGGUUUCAUCGGGAUGGCUGCUCCCUGGAACAACGAAAACUAUGUGUCCGUCUUCGACCCCGAGACUGACAACGAGCUCGACAUCGUCAGAGGCCCACUGACCGAGCUAUCUCGUGAUGCUUACGGCUACUCGGUGUAUCGGUUCUGGUGGCUAGGCCGAUUCACAAACGGGUACAAGAUCAGGCCUGGUAACUACACAAUGCGCGUCGCUGCCCUGCUUCCUUUCGGCGACCCUGACCGUUCUGAGCACUGGGACAUCUGGAAUCAUGAUUUCAAGGUUGUGCUCGGCAACUGGACGACGCCUUUCUCGGCGAAGAAUGCUUUGCCUCCUGUGCCGCUCCGUGAUUGA